GAGCUUUUGAGCUUCCCAGUUCUCUCUUGAUUGUGCGACUCUUCCAACAAUCGACUGCCCUUUUCCUCAAGCAACUGACGUCUACAACUCGGGCAGAUAGCUAACAGAGUAUCACUCAGCCUCGUACCUAACAGACUACGAACACCCAUCAUGGAACUCAAAUCAUUUUGGCUGGCCGCCGGUCUGACGCUCGGCACGAUGGCCCAGACCACGUCGGUCAUGGAAUUGUUUCUUGACAGCAACGAGGACCGCGGCGUUAUCUUCGCCGGAUCCGUGGUUUCCGCCGCACCAGAGGCUACUACGUACCUCGUCAGGCCAGUGCGUGACGCCGACUGCACCGACGAGCUGUGGGAUCUUGGAGAGUGCGCGAGCCCUGGAGAAAACUCAAUAAUAACCAGACAUUACGUCAACGGCCCAUCAACCUUUGCGCGCCUCUACACCAUUCCUGAAUUCACCACUUGGGAUACCCAUUGUAACAUUACCAGUGGGUGGUACCUCUGUGACAUGACACUUUCUGAAGAUACAGGCACGAUCAAGGUUGUUGAGUCGACUCGGAGUCUCAAUGAACAAGAGUUGAUCGGUGCUAUGCGCCAGGUGACGAUCACGGCCGGCCUGGAGAAGAUACAGGCUGUGGUCACACCCACCUCCUCCGCAUCAGCUCAGACGUCUGCGUCUGCGUCAUCGGGUCCGUCGGAGACAGCUCCGUCUGCAACAUCGCGUUCGUCAGAGGCGAGUAAUUCUGCGACUGGGACGGGUUCCUUCGUCUCGGCAGCCACGUCAUCGACAGAGAACAAUGCUGAGGCCGCGGCGUUUCGGAAUAUUUCGCUUGCCGCGUUUUGUGGACUGAUUGCAUUGGUUAUGGGGCGGUGAAGAGUGGGGGUGCUGUUCCACGAUUAUAUGUCACUGAAGAAAAGUCGACGAGUCGUUUCAUGCGUGCAGAGUCAGUCAUCUGAGUUUAAGUAACGCUUGCUUGUUGGCUAUUAAAGGCUCUACUCGGCUGUCCGCUCCGCAGCCAUGGGAUAUACAUUUUCCUAGAUGGACCGCCUACAAGAGACUACCCUCGUAUAUCAUAAUUUUCAUAGGGUCAUCCCUUAUGGAAGUGGAAUGGGAGAACUAAGCUGGGGCAGGACGAUAAUGAUACAACUUUGUGUGAGAUGCUAGCUCAAGAAUAAAGAUAGGCCACAGCUUCUAUAUCCAUCAAAUAGAGCUCAUCAAGUCUUUGCUA